CGGUGCAGUGGUUCAUCUACAGCCCAGACUGCAGCUUGAACCGGCGAGUCGAACUGCGGCUCUUCGCCCAUUUCGGUUAGUUGAUCUUUGAAAGCUUCUUAUUCUAGGGUUUUGAGAUGUUCGCGAGGGCCGCGAACCUGUCCCCAGCAAGAUUGAUUUUUCUGAGGCGGUCUUUCAGCUCCGAGAUUUUUAUUAGCAGGUUAUCUUACUACACUACCGAUGAGGAACUCAGUGAUGCAUUUUCGGCUUUUGGAACUGUAAAGAAUGCAAGGAUUAUCAGGGAUCCAAGCACCAACAGGCCUAAAGGUUUUGGUUUUGUGAAUUAUGCAUCUGAAGCAGAAGCUCAAAAGGCAGUGAAGGCUAUGGAUGGAAGGGUAUUUUUUUUUUUUAAGAUCUUUGGUGGAAGGUUGAUUUUUGUAGAAUUUGCAAGACGAAAGCCUCAUGAUGGUGGGCAAGAUAGCACAUAAUUCUUAUGUAUUUACAUAUCUCACACCUAAACUUUCAUAUUUACACACAACACCCAAAUCUUAAGUACAUAUCAUCAUUAUCACUUUUAAAAGGUUGGAUUCACUUUUCCUGCACAGGAUUAAAGCAUUAAAGGGCUAUGCAUAUAAAUAUGAAAGUUUAGGUGGUAUGAGAUGGGUAAAUACAUAAGAAUUUUGUGCUAAGAAUGUAAAUUUUAAUUUUUUUCUUCUCUGCUGGAUUGUUUGUUAAUCUCUUUAUUGGUGUUGGAUGCCUGAU